CACACACGUAUCAUUUAGCUUGGCUCUGAAGUUCAACGGUCAGAGAGAGCGUGAGGUGGAACUGCUGGUGUGUGUGAGACCUGACAGAGUGAUUGAGGGAAGAGUUUUGCAGGAGCACCAUCACACUGAAACCUGAGUUGAAGAUGUCUUCUGCAGAUUUAGGAUGCUGCAGCCGAAUUCGUUCCUGCCCUAAACCACAAGGUUUUCUUGCCUCUGUCAUCACAAAAGGUCUGCUGGCUGUGCUACUGUUUGGUGUUUGUUGGACGGUGUUGCCGGAGGAGUGUGAGCCGGGACACAACAUAUUCGGUUUGGUGAUUCUGUUCCUGAGUGCAGUGUGUGGAGGGAAACUGGUGGGAGCCAUUACACUGCCAAACCUGCCCCCUAUACCACCACUGCUGGGCAUGCUGCUGAUGGGUUUGGUGCUGCGUAAUGUCCCGUAUGUGAAAGAUGCUGUGUUUAUCGAUCAGAACUGGUCUUCAUCACUGCGCAACAUCGCUCUCGCCAUCAUCCUCACCCGAGCUGGACUCGGCCUGGACCCUGCUGCUCUGAGAAAGCUGAAGGCAGUGUGUGUGAGGGUGGCUGUGAUUCCCUGCACUGUUGAAGCUUGUACUGUUGCUGUGGUAUCUCACUUCCUCAUGGGCCUGCCUUGGAUUUGGGGCUUUAUUCUAGGGUUUGUGUUGUCUGCCGUCUCUCCUGCAGUUGUGGUUCCCUCCAUGCUGCUCCUGCAGGCUGAUGGUUUCGGGGUUCAAAAGGGAAUCCCGUCACUCCUCAUGGCAUCAGGAAGCUUUGAUGACAUCCUCGCUAUUACCGGAUUCACCACCUGCUUUGGGAUGGCCUUCGACACGGGCUCCACAUGGGUCAGUUUGGGAAAGGGACUGUUGGAGGUGUUGGUUGGGAUUUUAGCAGGAGGGAUUUUGGGGGUUCUCAUCCAUUUCUUCCCUAGUGAAGAUCAGGUUGAUCUGGUGUUGCGGCGCUCCUGCAUGUUGUUGGGUUUGUCCGUGUUCUGUGUGUUUGUGAGUCACGUGCUCAGUCUGGGCGGGGCCGGGGGGCUGAGCACACUUGUCCUCUCCUUCAUCGCUGGAAUCAGCUGGGACAAAAAAAAGGCCCCAGUAGCUGCUGUUGUUGGGAGGUUUUGGGACGUUUUUCAGCCGCUUCUCUUUGGUCUGAUUGGAGCUGAAAUUACUAUCACUGCACUCAGCACUAACACUGUGGGUUUAGGAACAGCUGCUCUUUGUGUCGGUGUUGUUGUUCGUGUGUGUGUGACCUUCACCGUUGUUCUGUUUGCUGGUUUUAAUCUGAAGGAGAAAAUCUUCAUCUCUCUCGCAUGGUUACCUAAAGCUACAGUGCAGGCAGCUAUAGGUUCCACAGCCCUGGACAUGGCACGUAGCCAAGGAGACGAGCAGCUGGAGCGUUAUGGGAUGGAUGUGCUGACGGUGGCAGUGUUAGCCAUCAUGUUUACGGCUCCCAUUGGAGCUCUCGCUAUCGGAUUAGCUGGACCCAAACUUCUGCAGAAAUACACUGAGAUAGAGGAGGCAAACACACAAGGUAACACACACACACACACACACACACACACACAAAUCUCCUUCCCAGGUUUACACUCACAAACACACACAUCUCCUUCCCAGGUUUACACUCACAAACACAACGUUUUAUAGAAGUAUUAUUGUAUUAAUUGUAACUAAUGGAGUUUCUUUUUUCAGCAGAUAAAGGUGGAGACGUCUCGCCCCCCGAACCACACACACACACACCUCAGGCUGCGGAGA